UGUCCGCCGACAUGGGCACGCGCGGCUCUCCCCUCUGAAGCCUCGGACGCGGCGCUCGCGACGCAACCGGAGAAAGACGCGGAAAACUUCUCCUCGCGCGGCCGCACUCAUGUGAUUUCUCCUCUCUCUCUCUCCUUUCUUCUUCUUCUUCUUCUCUCUCUCUCUCUCUCCGGUGGAGCCAUGUCCAAGAGUCUGAAGAAGAGGAAGAACCACUGGACGAACAAAGUCCACGAGAGCGUCCUGCUCCGGGACGGGGAGGGCGGGCUGGGGCUGGAGCUGCGGGGCGGCGCGGAGAACGGACACUUCCCGGUGGUCGGGGAGCUUCUCCCCGGCGCGGCGCCGUGCCACAGCGGGAGGCUGUGCCCGGACGAACUCCUGCUGGAAGUCAACGACACCCCCGUGGCCGGGCUCACCACCAGGGACGUGCACGCGGUGGUCAAACACAGCAGGGACCCCGUCCGGCUCAAGUGUGUCAAACAAGGGGGCGUGAUAGACAAGGACCUGCGCCACUACCUCAACCUGCGCUUCCAGAAAGGCUCGGUGGACCACGAGCUGCAGCAGAUCAUCCGGGACAACCUCUACCUCCGCACCGUUCCCUGCACGACCAGGCAGCCCAGGGAGGGGGAGGUCCCCGGGGUGGAUUAUAACUUCGUGACCGUCGACCGGUUUAUGGAAUUGGAGAGAAGCGGCGCCCUGCUAGAGAGUGGAACGUAUGAAGAUAACUUCUACGGCACCCCGAAGCCGCCGGCCGAGCCCAGCGCUCUGCUGCUAAAUGUGACGGACCAGCUGCUCCCGGGCGCCAGACCCAGCUCCGAGGGCAAGAGGAAGCGCAACAAGUCGGUCAGCAACAUGGAGAAGGCCAGCAUCGAGCCCCCCGAGGAGGAGGAGGAGGAGAGGCCCGUCGUCAACGGCAACGGCGUCGCCGUGACCCCAGAGUCCAGCGAACAUGAGGACAAGAGCACGGACGCUUCGGGGGACGUCGUCCCGCAGAGCCACCCGGCAGAGCCCCCCCCAGCCGAGCCGCCCAAAGACGACGGACAGUCCCCGAAGGCAGCGCUGCCCAAGCCGGAGGAGAACGACGAGCUAGGACCCCUGCCAGACAACUGGGAGAUGGCGUACACCGAGAAAGGAGAGGUCUACUUCAUAGACCACAACACUAAGACAACAUCGUGGCUCGACCCGAGGCUCGCCAAGAAGGCGAAACCGCCCGAGGAAUGCAAAGAGGAUGAGCUUCCGUACGGCUGGGAGAAAAUCGAUGACCCCAUUUACGGCAGCUACUAUGUGGAUCAUAUAAAUAGGCGGACCCAGUUUGAGAAUCCAGUCCUGGAGGCGAAGCGGCGGCUCCAGCAGCAGCAGCAGAUGCAAAGCCAGGGUCUGUCCUCACUGCCCCUUCCCGCCAUCUACAGAGAAAAGCCGCUGUUCACGCGGGACCCCACGCAGCUGAAGGGCAGCUUCUUGUCCACGGCGCUCCAGAAGAGCAACAUGGGCUUCGGCUUCACCAUCAUCGGCGGCGACGAGCCCGACGAGUUCCUCCAGGUGAAGAGCGUCAUCCCCGACGGGCCGGCCGCCGCCGACGGGAAGAUGGCCACAGGGGACGUCAUCGUCUACAUCAACGACGUGUGCGUCCUGGGGACGACCCACGCCGACGUGGUCAAGCUCUUCCAGUCGGUGCCCAUCGGCCAGAGCGUGACGCUGGUGCUGUGCCGCGGCUACCCGCUGCCCUACGACCCGGAGGACGCCGCCAACGCCAACAACAACACCGCCGCCGCCGCCACCAUCAUCUCCCCGCUGGGCAUCAUGGAGCAGGGGCCCGUCGUGGUGAACGGCCGGACGGGCUACGACAGCUACCUGGACUACCUGAGCCGCACGGCGCGCUUCGUGGCCGACCCGGGCCAGGAGCAGGUCGCCGCCACGCAGCAGCAGCUGCUGGCCGCCCACCCGGGCGACACCCACCUGGACGGCUCGCUGCCGCCCGCCAGCGGCGCCACGCCGCCGGACAGCGUCUCCAUGGCGUCGUCGGGCGCCACGCAGGGCGAGCUGCUCACCCUGACCAUGGUGAAGGGCGCCGACGGCUUCGGCUUCACCAUCGCCGACAGCGCCGGCGGCCAGAGGGUGAAGCAGGUGCUGGAGCCGCAGGGCUGCCCCGGCCUGAGCGAGGGCGACGCCAUCGUGGAGAUCAACAAGCAGCCGGUGCAGGGCUUCACACACUCGCAGGUGGUGGAGCUGCUCAAGGAGUGCGCGGUCGGGGCGGAGACCAGCCUGGUGGUUCAGAGAGGCGGGACAGGUCACUAUUCACCCUGGAAGACCCCUAAGCAGGUUCUGGAGCGGUGGGAGUCCCAGCAGGGCCCGAGCAGCCCGUCGGCCCCCGCCCCCCCCCUACAGCGCCCCCUUCCCGUCAUUCACCUGCACAGGGCCUCGGUCCCAGACUCGGCCCCCGAGGCUAAACCCGACCCCUAUGACCUUUAUGAGAAGUCCAGGGCUAUCUAUGACAGUAGGCAAUCCAGUCAGCCGAGGACGGUUUUUCCCGUGGAUUCUACAGCAGAGUUCCAGGACAUGGAGGUGCACCUGCGGCGGCAGAAGUCGGGUUUUGGGUUCCGGGUGCUGGGCGGGGAUGAGGCCGGGCAGCCUAUCCUGAUCGGGGCGAUCAUCGAGAAGAGCCCGGCGGAUCUGGACGGGCGGCUGCGGCCGGGCGACGAGCUGCUGUUCGUGGACGGGAUCCCGGUGGUGGGGAAGCCGCACCGCUACGUCAUCGACCUGAUGCACGGCGCGGCGCGCAACGGCCAGGUCAGCCUGGUCAUCCGGCGGCGGCUCCCGGCGCCAGGUGAGUCUUGUCCGGAGAACGGCCGCAGUUCCGGGUCGGUCUCCACGCAGCACAGCUCGCCGCGCAGCGACUUCACGUACAGCAACAGCACCGGCGCCGCCGCCGCCAUCACGGACGGGACGCCGGCGCCCAGCGCUCAGCCCAGCGACGUCUCCAUCAGCCGCAAGGAGAGCGAGGGCUUCGGCUUCGUCAUCAUCAGCUCGCUGAACCGGCCCGAGGCCUCCGCCACCAACCCCGUGCCGCACAAGAUCGGCCGCAUCAUCGAGGGCAGCCCGGCCGACCGCUGCGGCAAGCUGAAGGUGGGCGACCGCAUCCUGGCCGUCAACGGCCAGCCCAUCGUCAGCAUGCCGCACGCCGACAUCGUCAAGCUCAUCAAGGACGCCGGCCUGAGCGUCACCCUGAGGAUCAUCCCGCAGGAAGAGAUGAGCAACCCUCCGUCGGCGCCCAGCUCGGAGAAGCAGAGCCCCAUGGCCCAGCCGCACAGCCCCAAGCCCCAGAGCAACCCGGCCGCCUCGCAGUCCAACCCGGCGCCGCCGACGGAACCCGGCGCGUCCGCCAGCCAGCCCAGCCAGAUGCCCCACCAGAGCCCCGCGACCCAGAUCCCCGCGCCGCCGCCGCCGCCGCAGACCUACACCCACGAGGGCAGCUUCCGGUCCGAGGUGAAGGCGAGGCAAGACGUCAAGCCCGACAUCCGGCAGCCGCCGUUCACGGACUACCGCCAGCCGCCCGUGGACUACCGCCACCCGCCGGUGGCGGACUACCGCCAGCCGCCCACGCUGGAGUACCGGCACCCGCCGCUGCUGGACUACAGAGCGCUGGCCGGCGACGCCCGGCAGUUCGCCAUGCCGGACUACCGGAUGCCCCCGGUUCAACUCACGCAGGACUUUGACUUCUUCACGGUGGAGCUGGAGAAGAGCGUGAAGGGCUUCGGCUUCAGCAUACGGGGAGGCCGGGAGUACAAAAUGGACCUGUUCGUGCUGCGGCUCGCCGAGGACGGACCGGCCAUCCGCAACGGCCGCAUGAGGGUCGGGGACCAAAUCAUUGAGAUCAAUGGAGAGAGCACUCGGGACAUGACCCACGCCAGAGCCAUCGAGCUCAUCAAGUCCGGCGGGAGGCGAGUCCGCCUCCUGCUGAAGCGGGGGACGGGCCAGGUCCCGGAGUACGAUAAUGCCCCCCCAUGGGAUGCUCGCCCUUCAGCCUCCCCAAGCCUGUCGGAAGUAGCCCCGCCCAUCGACAGCCUCUCCAUGCCAUCGCCUCCAUCUCACCUGGUGCCGGCGCCGGCCCCGGACCCGCCUCAUCCGCCGCCUCCGGACGUCCCCCGGGACCCGGCGGCACGAGACGGCAGGACGGAGCGCUCCAAGAGCCCCCAGAAGGCCGAGCCGCCGAGCCCGGCGGCGGCCGGCGCCAAGAAGGAGGGUGGCAGGUCCACCCGCAAGGGGCGGCGGGCGCAGCGCGGGCAGCCCGGGCCCGACGGGGAAGCGGGGGCGGAGCCCAGACCCCCCCGGAGCGGCAGGGGGCGGUCCGAGGAGAAGGGCGCCGGGGACCACGGACUACCCCACCCGCCCCACGCCAAUGGGAACGGCAGGGACGGCGGGAAGCCGGUGGAGCCGCCGGACCGGGGCCGGAGCGCCGGCGCCGGCAGGAAGGCCACGGUCUCCCCCGGGCCCUGGAAGAUCCCCGGCUCGGACCGGCUGCCGGGCGCGCUGCGCGCCGGCACGUCCACGCUCAGCAGAUAACACUCAUCUCCAUCAACCCCCCAACCGACAGGGCAGCGGGAGGGAGCGGGGGGGGGGGGGCGCCCGGACCACGCGUUGGAAAACUUUUAUUUAUGAUACUGUCUUUUAAAUUAUUUUCUAGGAAAUGUUUUGCACCCUCCACCUUAAGAACUGGAAAAUCAUCCACUUUCAGACGGACAGAGAGCAGAUCUUUGUAGCGUGGCGGCGGAGGAACGUUUCCCCCACAAACAUGCAAAUAUCAGCAGCGCAACGGGAGCACCGUUGAAUUUUUAUAUAUAAAUAUAUAUAAAUAUCUACACAGUGGAGUCUAUUUUGUGAAAAGGAACUUUAAGAAGACGGCUUGCCUGUUUUUGAUGGGAGCGAAUGGACGGAGGACGGGAGAUGAAAUCUACUCUUCAGUGGAACUUUUGCCUUAAAAGAGACUGAGCGGGCCUGAGCAGUCUGUCAGAGGAUUCUAGACGUAGAUAUAUUAUAAAGAGUAUGAAUAUGUGGGAACAUCCUGUAAAUAAGAUCGACUUUAAGCAAACAGAACCUUAUUA